AGCAAGAAAGCAACUUCAACAAACCCGUUGGCAUUUUCCUUCUCCCCCUUUUCCUCCAGGUUCGAUCGCGCUUCCAAUCAAGAUCCCUCCUUUGGCACGAAGAAGAGCUCAAGAUGUAAUUUUGAUCCUCCACGAGCCUCCGCCUUCUCAUUUUCCUAAUUUAGGGUUGCUGAAAUUUCUGGUUUGUUGACCUCAAAUUGGUAGUAGUUGACUGAAGAAGAGAGUGUUCUUGUCGAGGAUUCAGAAAAGAAAUUAGGGUUUUUGGAGCUCCAAGAUCAAGGACAGGAUUUCUGGAUUGUUGCUCUAAUCUUGAAGGGUAGGCAGACAUGCGUAGGGUUAGGGUUUCAUCCCACCUGUCUCCUGUGCACAAGCUUGGGGAUUCCCAAAUGAAGUUGACUCCUAAGUUUAGAUUGGCCGUGACCCCCUCACCUUUGCCCUUUUUUCCGGCUCUGGCAACAUCGAAAGUGUCCGAAGAGGCUGCCGCGGAGUCACUUCCCCUAAUCCCUGGCCUUCCUGAUGAUGUCGCCUUGAAUUGCCUCCUCAGGCUCCCCGUGGCCUCCCAUGUGUCGUGUCGUCUUGUCUGCCGGCGGUGGCACCGGCUGCUUGCCAACAAAGAGUGCUUCUUUAGCCAGAGGAAGGCUCUAGGGUUCAGUGACCCCUGGCUCUUCACCUUGGCCUUCCACAGGUGCACUGGGAAGAUCCAAUGGCAGGUCUUGGACCUCACUCACUUGUCUUGGCACACAAUUCCGGCCAUGCCGUGCCGGGAUCGCGUUUGUCCUCGCGGGUUCGGGUGCAUUGCCAUACCACCGGACGGCACGCUCCUUGUCUGCGGGGGACUGGUCUCGGACAUGGAUUGUCCCCUCCACUUGGUGUUGAAGUAUGAGAUUCAUCGAAACCGGUGGACAGUAAUGAGUCGGAUGCUCACUGCGAGAUCGUUCUUCGCGGGAGGAGUGAUUGAUGGACGGGUCUAUGUCGCCGGAGGGUAUAGCACGGACCAGUUCGAGCUGGACUCGGCCGAGGCACUCGACCCCGUCAACGGGAAUUGGUGUCCCAUUGCAAGAAUGGGCAUGAACAUGGCCUCCUAUGAUUCUGCCGUGUUCGACGGCAGGCUGCAUGUGAUUGAAGGUUGUGUAUGGCCAUUUGUGUCGUUCCCUCGAGGGCAGGUCUAUGAUCCAAAAAUCAACAUUUGGGAGACGAUGCCCCCCGGAAUGCGAGAAGGGUGGACGGGUUCCAGUGUUGUCAUUUCCGGGCAUCUGUUUGUGAUCUGUGAGCUCGAGAGGAUGAGAUUGAAGGUUUACGACCCCGAGUCAGACUCUUGGGACACUGUCGACGGAGCUUCCAUGCCCGACCGAAUUCACAAGCCGCUGUCGGUAACCUCCAUUGGUUCAAAGAUUGUGGUGGUUGGUCGAGAGCUUCAUGUGGCUAUAGGCCAAGUGGACGAUGAGGGUUUCUAUAGCACCGACGGAAGAACAAAGAAGCACAAGUUUGCUGUUCGGUGGCGAGAAGUGGAUGCGCUGCUGGAGUUUAGCGACUUGACACCAUCCAGUGCUCAGGUUCUGUAUGCUUGAUAUGUAUAUGAUGACACAAUAAAAUGCAAAACCUUGUACAAAUGUAAAUUAUGUUCCUGGUUCCUCUCCUUGUAUGAAUUAUGCUCGAUGAACUUGUGAUAUCUUCUCGAACAUAUUCGUUUGAAUUUCAAUUUUGUUGUUGUUGUCGUCGUCGUAGUGAGGAUUACUUUACUUUGUUAUAAA